CAUCUAAUGUUUUGACGUAAACGUAAAUUUAGAGGUUAUAUAAAAUAGGACUUGUUUUCUGCUUAUUUCUUUGCUUAUAUAAUACGCAUUACAAUUUGAAUUGUUAAAUCUUAUGAGUUUACUGUAAAUCUGAUUCAAUGAGAAUAGGCUGGGUGCACAAGUUGGUAAACAAAUGGCCGGGCAAAAGUAUAUUUGGAAUGUAUAGAUUCCUGCCAAUGUUUUUCGUACUUGGAGCUGCUUUAGAGUUUUCUAUGAUUAACUGGAAGGUUGGGGAAGUUAAUUUUUAUAACACGUUCAAGAGACGUCAAGCUCACGAAAUAGUUGAAGAAAAGAUAAAGAAAUACACAGCUGCAUAA